AACCGAUUGUGAUGGCGUGAAAUUUUCUAACCAUAAAAAUUGAUUGUCAUCUGGCUACUUUAGACUGCUAGCUAAGAAAUAUAUUUUAAGAAAUUUUUCGCCAACACAUUUUACGAUUGCCUUCAUGUUCAAUCAAACUCGCAAUGCCUACAUAAAACAGCUACUAAGCCACGCGGAACGAUGUUAAAUGAGUCCAGACAGACAACAUCGCCCGCAUCCACAACAACAACACAUUCAGCUACAAUCUAAACUGAAGGACAAAUAGACAUUUUAUUAGCUUCUCAGAUGAAGCAUAUGCAGAGGGGAUUGUACACACUUCGAAACCAAGCCGCAUUCAUGCAUAAAUAUUCUACUUGUGCUCGUAGAAAUAAAAACGAACGAGCUAAAUCGUCAAAAAUAGCUUUGGCUUGUCUUUUAGUGUCUAAAUUUUGAAAAACAAAAAUUUAUGUUAUUUUGCUUUUAAUCAAAAACAUUUCAAUUCUACAAUUUCCGUUAAUUACAGCUCAGCGAGCCAAUAUAACUGUAAACAAUGAAUAUGGAAGCAAUGAAGAUGCGCAGCUUGCCGAAGAUUCCUGUGCCAAAGCAGAAUUCAGUAGCAAGCGCCAAGAAAACAGCGGACAAAAAGUUCAGUGAGGACGAGUCCAAAACAAUAACUGAGCUUAAGAAACUUUACUUGGAAACCAUUAAGCUGGACGUGGAUUUGCAAAAAGAGAUUUAUAAUAUGGAAAAAUCAUUUGAAGUUAAGCAUAAUACAAUUUUCGAAAAGCGCGUCAAACUGCUCGAUGAUUAUCGCAAGAAGACAAAAGAUGUUUCCACCGCUGAGAGCAAUUUGUCAAACUUUUGGUUGCGUGUACUCAAGGCAUCAUACACGGAGUUUAUAAGCAAAAAAGAUGAAAAAAUACUAACGCAUCUCACCGAUAUACGAUCAACAUUGUGCAACGACCCGAUAGUUAUGUUUAUUAUUGAAUUUCAUUUUGAACCGAAUGAAUUUUUUUCGAAUACUAUUUUAACGAAAACAUACUUUUUGAAUUGUCUGCCCGACGUGGAUGAUCCGCUUUCGUAUGAUGGUGCUGAAAUUUAUAAAUGUGAAGGUUGUAAAAUCGAUUGGAAGCAAAGCAAUAGUGAAAAGGAAAAAAAAUCAUACACUUCGUUUUUCGACUUCUUCAGUCCGCCGACACUGCCCGAAGACACAGAGGAUCCAAACUAUUGCGAUAUAAAUGCUAUUUUACAAAAUGAUUUUGAGCUCGGUUUCUAUCUAAAGGAACGCGUAAUUCCAAAAGCUGUAAUGUUUUUUACUGGCGAAAUUGCCGAUUGUCAAAGUUCGGACUCCGAGUCCGAGGAUACGGACGAUGAGGAUGACGACGACGAUGAUGACGAUGAGGAGGACUCGUCCAAUAAUGAGGCGAAUGAGGACUAAGCUUAUUAUUUCCUAUAUUUAUUCAAUUAUAUUAUCACUAUCUUUUUAAACAUUGUGAAAACUAUCUUUCCACUGCAUAUGCAUUUUAUAUGUAUGUAUAUAUACUUUCAAAAUAUUUCUGAAUAAAAUUUAUGUCAACAAGUA